AUGAGUAAGCAGACGUACCUCGCAGCACGUGAGUUUAUCGACGCGAUUCCGGAAGACAAGCUUCUGGGCGGCUUCGGCGACGACAAGAAGUGCAUCCACGAGGAUGGCAAUUUCCGCCUGCAGCUUCGCACUCUGACCACCGGUCAUCCCCAGUACUGGAACAUCCAGGUGCAGUGCGACAAAUACUCAACCAUCACCUCGGUCAAGCUUGUCGCGGAGAAGUGCGAUCAGAACGUGCACCCGAUGGCUUGCGUCAAGGUCCCCGUCGAGAACAUUUGGUCCCCAGCUCGGAUCAAGGAGGAGCUACAAGCCGACCGCAAGGCCCGCUCCGGCAACCGAUACGGUUGA